GUUACUCCUACUGGUGUAUUGUCACAAUUGAUAACUGAAGCACAAUAUAGAAUUAAUGAAUUUGUUAAAGAUGCAUAUGAUAUUCAAAUUACAGUCAAGAUACUUAAAAAACAUCAACAAGCAUAUUAUGCACAUCAGAAAUGA